GGGAAAGGUUAAAGAACUCUCAUCCACAUUCUAAUAGGCUACUUCUGAUUGCUAUUAAGACAAGAGUUUAACAUAGGGGUGCGUGUGACGAUGCCGGUGACAGCCCGAGCGCUGGAGACAAUGAUACGAUUGUCCACGGCCCACGCCAAAGCCCGCAUGAGCAAGACCACAGACUUUGUUGACGCAGAGGCUGCCCUGGAGCUCAUGCAGUUCGCCUACUUUAAAAAGAUUCUGGAGAAGAAGAGGAAGGUUGUAGAGGACGACAUGGAUGUGAGCCAGAGCCAAUCACAGAGCCAGAGCCAAGAGGUGGCCAGUCAGAGGACGAGCACCAGGAAGCGUACCGGUGUGGGUAAGGAAAACAUGGACGUGACAGAUGCUGGGGCUGACUCUGACCCUUAUGAGUUUGAGGAUGAGGAACACACCCAGUCCAUUCUGAAACCCAAGCCUGCUGCCUCUCAGAGCCUGAAGAAGAAGCCAGGACAGGACAUCAGCCAGGACAUCAGCCAGGACAGGCUGAAGCUGUUUAAGGCUGCUCUGAUGAAGGCCUUUCAGACUACACGGUCCCAGUCCGUAGCAGUGACGGAGCUCCUGACGCUGGUCAAUAAGACCACACACGGUCAGGACGACCACGAGUUUGACGAGCAGGAGGUCGAGAAGCUGCUGGGGCGCAUGCAGGACAACAACCAGGUCAUGAUGUCAGAGGGCGUGGUCUUCCUCAUUUAGAGCUGGGGCAGCCAAUCACAAGAGCCAGUCCAAACCUGUCUAGUCUACUCAUGGU